UUCACUUGGAUCCAUGGCUGGGCUCAGGGUCGAGCUGCUGGCGGUUCUGACUGGGACUCUGAUGCUGGUUUCAGUCCGGGGCUGGACGCGGAUCAACGAAUCUCAGCUACUCGGUUUCUACGAGACUGGGCAGUGGAGUGAACCUGUUAGCAUUACAUCGCCAGAUGACAGCAGUGACUACAACAGUGGUGAGGAUGCAAUUCCUGAAGAUGCAAUUCCUGAAGUUGAAAUUCCUGAAGUUGAAGGUGCUGCCACCAGUGACAAUUUGGAUCCUUUUGCUGGCCGUGGAUUCCAUGUGGGAGGUGGAGAUUCUGGUCCAGCAAACUGGGCUGGGAGUACAGAUAGUGGAUUCCAUGUGGAAUUUGUAGAAGCCCCUCCAAGGAGCUGGCCGAGCAGUAUCAGUCCUACUGGGCUAGAUGUUGUUUGUAGUGACACUGGCUUCCAAAUUACUCUGCCAGGUCAAUUAAGUGAAGUAAAAGUUUUAGGCUCUAAGGAUCUGCUGUCUGUCAUGGAUGCUCCAGAGUCUUGUGGCUAUGACGUGAACCCUCUCAAGAACACUUUGACUGUACCCUUCAAUGGGUGCUAUGUGAAACAUAAUGACAGCUACAGUCUGCAGUUGUUGUAUGUCAAUGAGUUGGGUCAGACACAGGUUGCUACUGCAUCUUGUGAGGAAAAUCCAGAGUUUGACCCAGACCUAUCUCCUCGCUCCAGUGGCGAACCCCAAUUCAAGCAAACGUGCAGUAACCCAACCACUUCACCAUCAAAGGCCAAAAAUUGUGCUGUCACCACGGGGGAGCAGGUGACUUGUGGCCAGUCAGGAAUAUCUUCCUCAGAUUGUGAAAAGAUGGGGUGCUGUGUGGAUUCGUCUACAUCUGCCUGCUACUAUCCACUGGAUGAAUGCACUGGGGAUCAACACUUUGUUUUCGCCAUUCGCCACGACUCUUUAUCCUUUCCUGUGGACCCCACCAAGCUUGUUAUUCCUGGAAAUACAAACUGUAAACCAGUCAUUGUUAAUGACAAAGUUGCCAUCUUUAAGUUCAAAGUUACAGAAUGUGGAACUCGUGCUUAUGAAGUCGGUGAGACAAAGAUCUACCUGGCUGAGGUGCAGACUGUUGUCCAAGCUCUGAACCUCAAGUAUGGUGUAAUUACAAGAAGCGAUCCACUCAGAUUCAUGGUUGAGUGCCGCUACAGUAAAGAGGGCAUUGCUCAGCAGUCACUGGCCAGUGUUGGCUACAUGGUCAAGACCCCCAGUUCCAUCUUGCCAUCAUCAGUCAUCUUCAAUGGCUUAUAUGGUGUUCAGCUGAGAAUUGCUAAAGAUCGCACAUAUUCAAGUUACUUUCCCACUUACCAUCAGCCCUUGCAAUUGCUCCUUGGCAAUCCAGUGUAUCUUGAACUUAGCCUUAAGUCUCCCAAACCGGAUGCAGUAAUUCUGGUCAACUACUGUCUAGCUUACCCUCGCUCUGCAAAGAAUGCACUGGUGCUUAUUUAUGAAGGGUGUGCCAACCCUUACGAUCCAAAUGUGUCCAUCCUUAAAGUCAGUGACCUUCCCAAGAAUCGCUACCAGAGGCGCUUCGUGGUCAAGGCCUUCCAGUUUAUGGAUCAAAAGACAAACAAAUACCUUGAUGAAGAAAUCUAUUUCAUGUGCUCUGCAGAAGUUUGUAGGCCAACAGAAAAGACGUGUGAAGAGCGGUGCUUUGAUGGAAAGGCACCAUAAGGAUUUGCAGUAGAAGACAAUUAAGAUAAUGAACUGCAAAAAAAUAAAUGCAACAUUUUAU